CUUCCGGGUUGCGUUGCGCUCUCCACAGCUCACCGCCGUGUCCGCCAUCCUUCUCUUUCCUCUCCGCGAGCGACGUAGACCUCACAGGAUAUCAACAUGCUGUCGGUUCGCGUCGCAGCAGCUCUCGCCCGCAACCUGCCCCGCAGGGCUGGAUUUAUAUCCAAGAAUGUUGCUGCAGCUUGUGUAGGAGCCAAGAAUUUACACACCACUCGACCAUGGCUGCAGAAAACAGGCACUGCAGAGGUAUCGUCAAUUCUGGAGGAGAAGAUCAUGGGAGCUGAUACCAGUGCUGAUUUGGAGGAGACUGGCCGUGUGCUCUCCAUUGGUGACGGUAUUGCCAGAGUGUACGGUCUUAGGAACGUGCAGGCUGAGGAGAUGGUGGAGUUCUCCUCUGGUCUUAAGGGGAUGUCUCUGAACUUGGAGCCCGACAACGUUGGUGUCGUGGUGUUUGGUAAUGACAAGCUGAUCAAAGAGGGCGACAUCGUCAAAAGAACAGGCGCUAUCGUUGACGUGCCUGUAGGUGAAGAGCUCCUGGGCCGUGUUGUGGAUGCUCUUGGAAAUGCCAUCGAUGGAAAGGGCCCCCUUGGCUCCAAGGUUCGCAGGCGUGUGGGACUUAAAGCCCCUGGUAUCAUCCCCCGUAUCUCUGUGAGGGAACCCAUGCAGACCGGCAUCAAAGCUGUGGACAGUUUGGUCCCCAUCGGUCGUGGACAGCGUGAGCUCAUCAUUGGAGACAGGCAGACUGGCAAAACUGCCAUUGCCAUCGACACAAUCAUUAAUCAGAAGCGCUUCAAUGAUGGAACCGACGAGAAGAAGAAGCUGUAUUGCAUUUAUGUUGCUAUUGGCCAGAAGAGAUCGACGGUGGCUCAGCUGGUGAAGAGGCUGACUGAUGCUGAUGCCAUGAAGUACACCAUAGUGGUGUCCGCUACAGCUUCUGAUGCUGCUCCACUGCAGUAUCUGGCUCCUUAUUCCGGAUGCUCCAUGGGAGAGUACUUCAGAGACAAUGGAAAGCACGCCCUGAUCAUCUAUGAUGAUCUUUCCAAACAGGCGGUCGCUUACCGUCAGAUGUCCCUGCUGCUCCGUCGUCCCCCCGGGCGUGAGGCUUACCCAGGAGACGUUUUCUACUUGCAUUCCCGCCUGCUGGAGAGAGCUGCUAAGAUGAAUGACAACUUCGGAGGCGGCUCGCUCACAGCCCUUCCCGUUAUUGAGACACAGGCUGGCGAUGUGUCAGCCUACAUUCCUACUAAUGUCAUCUCCAUCACCGAUGGACAGAUCUUCUUGGAGACUGAGCUGUUUUAUAAGGGUAUUCGUCCAGCCAUCAACGUCGGUCUUUCUGUGUCACGUGUAGGAUCUGCUGCCCAGACCAGAGCCAUGAAGCAGGUGGCUGGUACCAUGAAGCUGGAGCUGGCCCAGUACCGUGAGGUGGCUGCCUUCGCUCAGUUCGGUUCUGAUCUGGAUGCUGCCACUCAGCAGCUUCUGAACCGUGGUGUCCGUCUGACUGAACUCCUAAAGCAGGGACAGUACUCUCCGAUGGCUAUUGAAGAACAGGUAGCAGUAAUUUAUGCAGGUGUGAGGGGACACUUGGACAAAAUGGAGCCAAGCAAGAUCACAAAGUUCGAGAAGGCUUUCCUGCAGCAUGUACUGAGCCAGCACCAAGACCUGCUGGCUGCUAUUAAGGCUGAUGGCAAAAUCUCUGAAGCAUCUGAUGCCAAGCUCAAACAAAUUGUGUUGAAUUUUCUCUCCAGCUUUGAGUAAACUGAUGCUUUUUGGUCUGGUUGUUUUCACGUUUGCAAAGUUCAGCGUCAGUUAUACUUUCUAUGAACUUAAGAAAAAAUUCAAAGAGCACUUGAUCUUUCAUGUACAGAUUUCUCUUAACAGAGAAUAAAGUAUUCCAGCUGA